AUGUCUAUAGAUAAGGGAAAGAACUACUCAAAGGUUUAUGGUCUUUCAUUAAUGAAGAGAGAGGAAAAAUGUUAUAUUACUGUAGCAGACGAAUUAAUAAGACAAAAUAAAACAAAUGCAGUAAGUAAAUUGUUAAACCCCCAACUUACAAAUCAUACUUUGGUUUUCAUACCUACAAUAGAUACAAAACAACUUAAAAUUAAACAUUCAUCUGGUUUGGAUGGUGUCACAUCGCAUCUCAUAAAGGAAUGCAGAGAAUGUAUAUUAAAACCAUCGACACACAUGCUGAAUGCUGCGAUAGAAGAAGGUAUAUUUCCAGAUUCACUGAAAUACAGUAUACUGCAUCCAUCACAACAUGGUUUCAGAGAAGGGAAGUCAACAAAAACAGCAUCAACAGAUAUAAUUGAGCACUUUCUUAAUUUACUUGACAGGCAACAAAAGACUUUUGCGAUUUUUAUGGACCUAUCUAAAGCAUUUGAUUUUGUGAACCACUUAAAAUUAAUGAUGAAAUUAUAUCAGUAUGGAAUUAGAGGAAAAUGCUAUGACAUACUUAAAUCAUACAUUACAAAUAGGAAACAAUGCACGAAAAUCAGACAUACUAGUGAGGGAAAUAUAGCAAACUACACAUCAGAAUAG